UAAAAGAAUUCAGCUCCUUGCGAGAAAGUUACCUGUGGCCGACCCGGUCCGCCACUUUCGGCUCGGUGACUGCCCAUUGCCACGAUCCCGGAGGACCCCGCGCCGCCCGGCCGCCUCCGAGCGCGGGCCCCAUGUGAGGGGCCCCCCCUUAUCCCACCUUUCCGGCUAGACUUGAAAGUCCAGUUUCACCAGAGGCUGAGGCUCCAGGAAAAGGGGAGCGAGUUCAUUGGAUCAAACAUGUCACAAGAGUCGGACAAUAAUAAACGACUGGUGGCCUUAGUGCCCAUGCCCACUGACCCUCCGUUCAACACCCGAAGAGCCUACACUAGUGAGGAUGAAGCCUGGAAGUCAUAUUUGGAGAAUCCCCUGACAGCAGCCACCAAGGCGAUGAUGAGCAUUAAUGGUGAUGAGGACAGCGCUGCCGCCCUUGGCCUGCUGUAUGACUACUACAAGGUUCCUCGGGACAAGAGGCUGCUGUCUGUGAGCAAAGCAAGUGACAACCAAGAAGAUCAGGACAAAAGAAACUGUCUUGGCACCAGCGAAGCCCAGAGUAACUUGAGCGGAGGAGAGAACCGAGUCCAGGUCCUAAAGACUGUCCCCGUGAACCUGUCCCUAAACCAAGACCACCUGGAGAAUUCCAAGCGGGAGCAGUACAGCGCCAGCGUCCCCGAGAGCCCGGCCAUCAUCCCCGUGUCGGGGAUCACGGUGGUGAAAGCCGAAGAUUUCACGCCAGUGUUCAUGGCCCCGCCCGUGCACUAUCCGCGGGGAGACGGGGAGGAGCAGCGCGUGGUGAUCUUUGAACAGACUCCGUACGGCGCGCCCGCCAUGGCCAGCCACACCUACCUCAAGGAUGACCAGCGCAGCACCCCGGACAGCACCUACAGCGAGAGCUUCAAGGACGGAACCUCCGAGAAAUUUCGGAGUGCUUCAGUCGGGGCCGAGGAAUACAUGUAUGACCAGACAUCAAGCGGCACGUUUCAGUACACCCUGGAGGCCACCAAGUCUCUCCGCCAGAAGCAGGGGGAGGGCCCCAUGACCUACCUCAACAAGGGACAGUUCUAUGCCAUAACGCUCAGCGAGACGGGCGACAACAAAUGCUUCCGACACCCCAUCAGCAAAGUCAGGGUACGGGCCGCGUUUCUCCAGGAAAUCAGAGGGAUCCGAGGAAUGCAGUUUCUACCUCAGGGCCUUGUGGGAAGGAGCGUGGUGAUGGUGGUCUUCAGUGAAGACAAAAACCGCGACGAGCAGCUGAAGUACUGGAAAUACUGGCACUCCCGGCAGCACACGGCGAAGCAGAGGGUCCUCGACAUCGCGGAUUACAAGGAGAGCUUUAAUACAAUUGGAAACAUUGAAGAGAUUGCAUAUAAUGCGGUUUCCUUCACCUGGGACGUGAAUGAGGAGGCCAAGAUCUUCAUCACUGUGAAUUGCCUGAGUACAGAUUUCUCUUCCCAAAAAGGGGUGAAAGGACUUCCUUUGAUGAUUCAGAUUGAUACAUACAGUUAUAAUAAUCGUAGUAAUAAACCCAUUCAUAGAGCUUAUUGCCAGAUCAAGGUCUUCUGCGACAAAGGAGCAGAAAGAAAAAUCCGAGACGAAGAGAGGAAGCAGAACAGGAAGAAGGGGAAAGGCCAGGCCUCCCAAACCCAGUGCAACAAUUCCUCUGAUGGAAAGUUGGCAGCGAUACCUUUACAAAAGAAGAGUGACAUCACCUAUUUCAAAACGAUGCCUGAUCUGCACUCGCAGCCGGUCCUCUUCAUCCCUGAUGUUCACUUUGCAAACCUGCAGAGGACAGGACAGGUGUAUUACAACACGGAUGAUGAACGAGAAGGCAGCAGUGUCCUUGUUAAACGGAUGUUCAGGCCCAUGGAAGAGGACUUUGGCCCAACACCUUCCAAGCAGAUAAAAGAAGAAGGGAUGAAGCGAGAACUCCUACAAGGUAACUUUCUGGAAAGCUCAGGCCCCGUGCUUUUGUACGUGAGGAAGGAGACUGAUGAUGUGUUCGAUGCCUUGAUGUUGAAAUCUCCCACCGUGAAGGGCCUGAUGGAAGCGAUAUCCGAGAAAUACGGGCUGCCCGUAGAGAAGAUAACAAAGCUUUACAAGAAAAGCAAAAAAGGCAUCUUGGUGAACAUGGAUGACAACAUCAUUGAGCACUACUCAAAUGAGGACACCUUCAUCCUCAACAUGGAGAGCAUGGUGGAAGGUUUCAAGAUCACACUCAUGGAGAUCUGAGCCUGGUUGGCUUGCCCUCGCAGGACCCCUCCGUGCACUCCUCCCUGGGAAAGGAGGAGCCCAGCCCCGGAACCCGCAGACCCACCUCACCCAUCUCACAACUGCUGUUACACGACCGUGCUGGAGGCGGGGCAAGGCAUACAGCCCCACUCCUUGUCAGUGCGUCUGGCCCGUCCACCAGCUCCUGCUCUGGAGCUGAGGCCGGAGCCCCUCGGGAAGGGACCUUGCGUCUGUCAGACCCUUAUUUAUUGCCCACCUUUUUCUGGAGCCCAGGACCAGGCCUGCCAGGACUCUGCAAGUCACCACUGGCUCCAGAUGACGCCAUCAAGAGCCUUCAAGGGCAGCCCCGCCAACCCAUUCAUCUCGAAGAGCCUGAGAAGGUCUGGUCUCAUCUGUCUCACCUCUUCACUUCUCCCGCGUGGCUGGACAAAAUGAGCUGCUCCUGGGUGCACUGGUCAGAGGUGGGGUAAGAGGUGGAGGUCCCCUUGCUGGUCAACCCUUCAGGUUGACCGGGGAAGGUCAUCUUGCUAGAUACCUCCCGGGUCCCCAGCAAGUGGCCAUCGGGCCUUGUGCAGGAAGACAUUCAGCUGCCAUGUACUUAGUGGGUGACACAGAAGGCAUGCUGGCUCUCAUGUACAUAGUGUUUAUAAUAUUGCGAUAAUAUAUUUUGCCUGUGGUAUGUGGGCAUGUUUACUGCCACUGGCCUAGGGGAGGCACUGCUUUCUACAAGAGGUUUCUGCCUCUUUGCUGUGUGGGAGACACACUGGGCUAGGGAGGUGGCCUCCAGGGUGUAGGUGACUAUGGUGGGUGCCAAGACAAGCUCCAGGGGGCACGGCCAGAAACUCAGUCCUGUCCACAGAGGGAGCCCCGUCCUCUCCCAUGGGCACGCCUACUCUGGAGCCGCCUCUGUCUCACGGUGAUGUGCUUUGCUUGGGUCUCCUCUGAGCUGCCUUGUGGGAAAGGUCAGAGAGCCUGAGGCCCCAGCUCCUCCAGCUUUGGUGCUGGCACUGCCUGAGCUUGUCAUGAGGAUCCUGGCCACUGUGCAUUCCGCGCAGUUUACGAGCAUGUCCUUCAUCUCAAGUGGCCCCCUUAACGCCCGACUGCAGUGCUGAGAGCGGUGCCAGCAGUUCAUGUCUGAACAGACAGGCCAGGGCGGCCUCCUGGGCCUCAGUGCUGGAGUGGGAGGGACCAGUUGCCUCUGCUCCUGGCUGCUGGGUUGGGAAGGAGGGAAAGUGCCCGAAGAGCCCUGGCUCUUCUGAAACCAGCCUGCAGAGAAGAACUCCACCUCCUGCUACAGGUCCUGAGAGAUGACGAGAAAACACACUUCCCUAAACAAUUGCAAAAGCUUGAACCGUCCUGGGCCACUUCUCUCUUUGAGGGAACAGGUAGGUGGUCCAGGGGUUUGCAUUCACCUGCGUGGGUGGAAGAACCAACUUUUUGGUAGCCAGACACAUCCCCCAUCCAAGGUCCGAGAUCCAGGACAGGUUUUAUGUAAGGGCCCAGAUUUGUUUGUAAAGCACUUUGAUGUCUUAUCUUUCUCUCCGAGGGCUCCCUGCCCUCCCAGCCACCUGCCUGUGGGGCCCCUAGCAGGAUGGACAGGCUGCCUCCAGCCCAGCUGUUUCUCAUUGACACUACAGAGGAUUUGAAUGGAAUGGAGGGCAGGUGCCAUGCUUAGGAAGACCUCUGGGUGGCAGAAAGGGGGCACCUUCUUGUGUGUCUUCUGGACAACUCAUCCCCCACCCUUCCCAUGGUGCCAAAGGUUCGCAUCCUGGGUUCAGCUCUGCUCCUGUCUGUCCCCUCCUUCUCCACUCUGUGACUGUCGAGUCCUGGACUAGCAGCUGCAGGACCCUCCUGGGUCCUGAUGGGGCUCUGUUCUAAGAUGGACACACUCAGUGUUGGAAAUACCUGAUAUACGAUGCACUUCCCAUGCUCCUUGCCUUAGGGGUGGUUUCAAACAUGAUUGGUGGACACAAUGGCAAAUACUAUUGGACUAGGGCAUAGGACUCCAGGUGAGGGAAAAGAUGUUAAAAUAUUGGCAAUUUGACACAGGCUACCUACCCUUCUCUCUGGACUCUGUGGAGAAAAUGUUUGCUGGUCCUGCCCUAGGCAGAGAAUAAAUCAGAAAUGCUUUUGCCUUUGUCCCCGGUCACUGAGCAAUCAUUGUGGUGGCCACUGCCAGAACAAAGAAUAUGCGGUCAGUGCCACCAAAGGAUGGUGCCGAGUGCCACCUGCCAUCCGAUCUGUCCCUCAUGUUUACCAGGUUCCCUCUGCGUUCUCAGCGUGCCCAUGGCUUAGCUAUGAUUUGUUCUUCACUAUGGAAGGUAGCAGAGCUCUGACAAGGAAAAUUUCCUGAGUAAAAACACUCCAGAAAAAUAGGAAAUGUUGCCUCCUCUUCUUUUGUUGUCCCCUAAGUUAAUCACAGUCAAAUAAAUAAGCUUUUUUUUUUUUUUUUUUUUAAAUCCAUGUACAAGGAGGGACAUGUGAAACAAGUGUUUUAAGUACAGACCCAAAUUGCUUAAACUGUACAGGUGUUUGGAAAUUGGGACCAACAGAAAAAUGCAGUCAGUUGUCAUCUUGGAAUUGGACCCUAAAAGACCAAGGCCCGUCCCAUGCCACAAGCAUAGGAAGCAUGGAAUGAAGUGAACAUUUAUUUUCCUUCUUAUUUAAAAUCAUGAAAUGCAACGAAAACAGAGGGUUUGUGCCAAAUUCUAUGAACAGCCCUUUCUUAAAGACAAGCAAGGGAGAUUGAUAGAUGGACAAUUUGCUCUUGUGUUUUAAAAAAAAAAAAGGCAAAUGUAACUUAAUAGUUUUGUAAAUGGGAGAGGGGGAAUCUAUAAACUAUAAAUACAGUUAUUUUAUUUUUUGUACAUUUUUAAGAAGAAAAAAUAAAUAUUCAUAAAGUAAGAGUAAA